CUCUUGUGUUCUCCUCGUUUCUCAUUAUCCAUGGCUUCAUCAAUUCCACUUGAUACCUUAAAGGCAUCACUUGUUCAUCCACCUAAGGUAACGAGUGUGAAAGCACUAGUUGAAUCAACUGACUUCUCCUCCCUGAUCCCUUCGUUUUACACCUUCACUCAUAAUCUCCAUGAUGAACCAAUAUCCGAUGAUCCAGAUGAUUCAAUCCCCAUUAUCGACAUCUCUCUUCUUGUUUCUAGUACCCCUGAAGAACAGUCCCAAGUCAUCCAUCAACUCACCAAAGCCUGCUCAGACUGGGGCUGCUUCAUGGUGAUUAAUCAUGGUGUGUCGGAGAGCCUGACGAAGGCAAUGAUAGCGUCGUUUCAAGAAUUUUUCGACUUGCCAGAGGAGGAGAAGAAAGAGUAUCAAGGAAACCAUGUCAUGGAUCCAAUCAGGUGUGGUACAGGCUUUAAUCCUUCAAUAAAUAAAGCAAACUUAUGGAGAGAUUUUCUCAAGUGCGUCACGCAUCCUGAAUUUCAUUCACCCAACAAACCUGCGGGGUUCAGUGAGAUUGCAUUGGAGUUCAGCAAAAGAAACCAGGAAGUAGUAACAGUAUUACUGAAAGCUAUUUCAAAGAGCUUGGGGUUAGAAGAGAGCUACAUAGACAAGGCCGCCAAUUUCGAGUUGGGUUUACAAUUGCUCGCUGCCAACUAUUAUCCAGCAUGUCCAGAGCCAGAGAAAGCAAUUGGCAUCCCCUCUCACUAUGACCAUGGUCUGUUAACCAUUUUGGUAAACAAUGGCGUCUCUGGCCUUCAAGUAAAGCAUAAAGAAAAAUGGUUUAAUGUCAAUAUCCAUCCCAAUGCACUCUUUGUACAAGUUGCUGAUCACUUGGAGAUUUUGAGCAAUGGCAAGUACAAGAGUAUUGCACACCGGGCACUUGUGAAUAACAAAGCUACAAGGAUGUCCAUAGCUCUGGCACAUGGACCAUCACUAGACACAGUUAUAAGGCCAGCACCAGAGUUAGCGGACAAUGAAAGUCAUCCCCUAAUGUAUGUUGAAAUGACGUAUAGGGAAUUUUUGGAAUUGCAGCAAACUGGCAAGCUGAGAUCUAAAUUCCGAUUGAAUAGUGAACAAUGCAAAGCAUUCUGAGCUAGUUGAUUGGUUUACAAAACCAAUUUCUCAAUUUAGUU